CUGUUCAGCGCUUCACACUCGGGGACUCUUUUCCUUCACCAUGGUAACGCUGCUGAACCUCGCCGUGCUGCUGUUGCUGGUUUUCGGCGCUUGUUGCGGGAUACGGUACCGCGACGUCGACGACGAGCUGAAAAACGUCGCCGACUCUUCCAAAUUCGGUUCUCUGUGGCCUCUGCCUCAGAAAGUGCAGAUUUCGCAGAGUUCGUUCAAGUUAAGUGGAAGCUUUCAAAUCGUUGACGCCAAAGAGUCGACGGCGGGCACCAGCUGCAAACUGCUGCAAAGCGCCUACCACAGGUAUUAUGAGUACAUAUUUGACGGCGCUAAAAAGCACCGCGGCGCAAACGCAGCAGCAGCAGACCCCGAACUCACACAGCUGCAGGUGUGGAUCACAUCACGUGACUCCGAAUGCGACUCGUACCCCAGUCUGACAUCUGACGAGUCAUAUGAACUGUCAGUGGUUCAGCCAUAUGCUGUCCUGAAAGCGCCCACAGUCUGGGGAGCGCUGCACGGUCUGGAAACAUUCAGCCAGUUGGUCUAUGAGGACCAAUACGGAGCUAAAACUAUCAACUCAACAGUGAUUACUGACUUUCCCAGAUUUGCACACCGAGGUGUUCUCCUGGACACCUCUCGACACUAUUUGUCCAUCAAAGCCAUCUUGGUUAAUCUGGAACUGAUGGCAAUGAACAAAUUUAAUGUCUUCCAUUGGCACAUUGUGGACGACCCGUCCUUCCCUUACAUGAGCAGCACAUUUCCCCAGCUGAGCCAGCAGGGAGCUUAUCACCCGUACACGCACGUGUACACGCCAGCCGCAGUACAGAUGGUGAUUGAGUUUGCGCGUAUGCGAGGCAUCCGUGUCAUUCCAGAGUUCGACACUCCGGGACACACGCAGUCCUGGGGUAAAGGUCAGAAAGAUCUGCUCACACCCUGUUACUCCGGCACCACUCGUUCCGGCACUUACGGACCCGUCAAUCCCAUCCUGAACACCACUUAUGAUUUCAUGACGCAGUUCUUCAACGAAGUCAGCGCGGUCUUCCACGACAGUUAUGUGCACCUGGGAGGUGAUGAGGUGGACUUCUCCUGCUGGAAGUCCAACCCGGACAUUCAGGCCUUCAUGGCUAAGCAGGGCUUUGGACAGGACUACAGCAAGCUGGAAUCAUUUUAUAUCCAAAAACUCCUGGAUAUCGUCACGACUACCAGGAGGGGCUACAUGAUCUGGCAGGAGGUCUUUGACAAUGGUGUUAAGCUGAAACCAGACACUGUUAUCCAUGUUUGGAAAGGAAGCCAGCAGCAAUACCAGAAUGAGAUGGCGAGUAUUACGUCCUCAGGGUACCAUGCCUUGCUGUCCACUCCCUGGUACCUGAACCGUAUCUCCUAUUCUCAAGACUGGCAGGGGUAUUACAAGGCCGACCCUCAGGACUUCAAGGGAACUGAUGCGCAAAAGAAGCUUGUGAUUGGUGGGGAAGCUUGUUUAUGGGGCGAGUUUGUGGACUCCACCAACGUGACACCCAGACUCUGGCCUCGAGCCAGCGCUGUAGGAGAACGGCUGUGGAGCGACAAGUCAGUGAUGGACAUCGGUGACGCUUACGUCCGACUGUCAGCUCACCGCUGCCGCAUGGUUCAGCGUGGAUUCCCUGCUCAGCCAUUGUUUACCAGCUCCUGUCCCCGUGAGUUCAAAGGUAUCUGAAGACAUCGACGGCAGCAGAGAAAUUACAUCUCCAUGUUUGUCAAACUCAGUUUAUUGUCAAACUCAGUUUAAAUAUUGAUGCACUGAGACAUUUUUAAGUCUUGUUUUUAAAAAUCUGUUCCAAAAAAAAAAAAAAAAAAUCUUAUAUCAAACAUGAUGAAUCUAGAAAGGAAAGUGUUUUUAAAUGAAUGUUUUGAUGAUCGAAUUUUGUAUUAUUGAUUGGAUUAAAAAUGUUUGGUAUGUUUAA